AUGGAUCUGGGAGCCCCAGGAAAUGGUUCUGUGGUGAUUGAGUUUGUCCUCCUGGGUCUAACAGAGGCUCCCGCUCUUCAGCCCAUCCUCUUUGGCAUUUUCCUUCUUGCUUACAUAAUUACUGUUGGUGGAAAUUUCAGCAUCCUGGCUGCCAUUCUCAUUGAGCCCAAACUCCACACCCCUAUGUACUUCUUCCUGGGGAACCUGUCGCUGCUGGAUGUUGGAUGCAUCACCGUCACUGUCCCUGCCAUGUUGAAGCAUCUGCUGUCCAGUGACAGGCGCAUUCCCUAUAGACUCUGCCUCUCACAGCUCUUCUUCUUCCACCUCCUGGCAGGGACAGACUGCUUCCUACUGACAGUCAUGGCCUAUGACCGCUAUCUGGCCAUCUGUCAGCCCCUCACCUACAGUACUCGCAUGGGCUGGGGAAUCCAACGAACCAUGGUGGCCAUGUCCUGUGUCUUUUCCUUCUGCAAUGCAUUGACCCAAACGGUUGCUUUGUCCACUCUUCAAUUCUGUGGCCCUAAUGUGAUCAAUCACUUCUACUGUGACCUCCCACAGCUCUUCCAGCUCUCCUGCUCCAGCACCCAACUCAAUGAGAAGUUGCUCUUUGUAGCAGCAGCCUUCAUGGGCGUUGCCCCCUUGGUCCUCAUCACUGUGUCCUAUGCCCAUGUGGUGGCUGCUGUGCUACGGAUCCGCUCUGCCGAGGGCAGGAACAAAGCCUUCUCUACAUGCAGCUCUCACCUCACUGUGGUGGGCAUUUUCUAUGGGACAGGUGUCUUCAGCUACAUGAGGCUGGAUUCAGUUGAUGCUUCAGACAAGGACAAGGGAAUUGGCAUCCUGAACACUGUCAUCAGCCCCAUGCUGAACCCACUCAUCUACAGCCUUAGGAACCCUGAUGUACAGGGGGCCCUGCGGCGGGCACUCAUGGGGAGAUGGUCCUCCACGUGA